CUCUGUGACUUCUGGCAAGUGCUUUCGUUUUUAUGUCCAACGACCUCAGUCUGCAGUUUGUGGAGGCUGCCCCCCUCUCUUUGGGUGUAUGUGGGAGUCAGGGGGUUGGUUGUAUAAGGUAAAUAGACUGAUGUCUGUACGUGGUGAAGAUUUACUUAGUUAUUUUCUUGCUUUGGGGUCAUAAUUGAGAUUUGCUUCAUGAAGAUCUUACUUAGUAUUAUGAUUUGUUCCAGUUUUAAAUGCAUGGAGGUGGGAUGUUGUUGCCUUUACUAUGAAGAUAAACAACCAGAUCUGUGUAUUGACACAAGUCAAGUAUUUAGUGUAGAGGGACAAGUUCCAGUGAAACUAAACACUUCUGCCUUUGCAGAUUAUUAAACUUUCAGACCGGCUGCUUCUACCAGUUUUCCUAAACUUACCUUUGCAAAGGCAGCAGUGAGCUCUUGUCUUCCCCCAAGUAAAAUCCCAUCACAACGGAGAUUUUGCUGUGGUGAGAGCAGAGAGCUUGCUAUUAAUCCACGUUAAGGACAGGCUUCGCGCUGUCCGUUUGUUGGUUUGUUUUGUGACUUUAUUUUUGUUCUCCUGUUGAAACUAAUAAAGUACAUCUUUGGAAAAUAAGUGGUGGUUUAAUUAGGACAGCAAAGCAAUCUCUUUGUUAGCGGCCACUUCUGUGACGAUGAAGUAGUCUCCUGCAAGAGAAUAAGUUCUUUGCAAAUUGCUUGCUAUUCCGUCUAGUUGUGUUGGCUGUAAGUUCCUUUUGAUGACUCUCAUGAAACCCCAAGAGACUGAAAUGAAUAUGGGAUGGUGGGCGUGUUUGUGCAGUUGGCAGGGCAUACAACGGGCAGGAGACAGGGCUGUAAUUGAAAAUGAUCCCACGGAAGGCUCUUUACUCAGUUAAAAUGAAGGUAGAAGUUGUCAUGGGGCUCGUGUUUCCAGAAUGACAGUUUACUCAUCAUUGUUAAGUGUGGCACUCACAUCACCUGUCACCUGCUCUCUGGUUGGUCACCUGCUCUCUGGCUUGUGUUUUGUUUCUGUUGCCAUUUGUAAGUUGCCGCGUGGGUCGGAAGUUUCCUCCUGGGUCGCUGAUGUCAGUGCCUGAGAAAUGUGCCCAGCCUGUUUCCGCAGCAGCGGGCUGACCCCUGUCUGCUUUAGACUGAGUUGGAGGGAUGAGCCAGAGCGUGGCUGCCUUGUUCUCCUGAACCCGCUGGCCCCUGUGUGGAGUAGCCCAGUUAGCGAUGCCUUGACCACACGAUCCAGGAGGACUCUCCUGGGGUGAAUUUUCUUAUUGCUCUGCGUGCUGCUCUGACUGUUGGGGACAGCAGUGGUAGUUCUUGCCCUGGCUUUGACAUGGUAUCUGAUUUUCAUCCAGCUGGCUCAGGCCCAGAACCUUGGUAAUGGAAACAAAGGAUAUGCUUUACAUUGUCACUGAAUUUGCAAAAAAUGGAGAAAUGUUUGAUUAUUUGACUUCCAAUGGGCACCUAAGCGAGAAUGAAGCACGGAAGAAGUUCUGGCAGAUUCUGUCAGCCGUGGAGUACUGCCACAGCCAUCACAUCGUGCACCGGGACCUCAAGACCGAGAAUCUGCUGCUGGAUGGCAACAUGGACAUCAAGCUGGCAGACUUUGGAUUUGGGAAUUUCUACAAGUCGGGAGAGCCUCUGUCUACAUGGUGUGGGAGCCCCCCGUACGCGGCUCCGGAAGUCUUUGAGGGGAAGGAGUACGAAGGCCCCCAGCUGGACAUCUGGAGCCUUGGCGUUGUGCUGUACGUGCUCGUCUGCGGAUCUCUCCCCUUUGACGGGCCCAGCCUGCCAGCCCUGCGGCAGCGGGUGCUUGAGGGCCGGUUCCGAAUCCCCUUCUUCAUGUCUCGAGACUGUGAGACGCUGAUCCGCCGCAUGCUGGUGGUGGACCCUGCCAAGCGCAUCAGCAUCGCCCAGAUCCGGCAGCACAAGUGGAUGCAGGCCGACCCCAGCCUGCCACUCACUCGCCCCACGAACGCUGCUCUCAGCUACAACUCCAACCUGGGCGACUAUGACGAGCAGGUGCUGGGCAUCAUGCAGACCCUCGGGGUGGACCGGCAGAGGACCGUGGAGUCACUGCAGAACAGCAGCUAUAAUCACUUCGCAGCCAUUUAUUACCUCCUCCUGGAGCGGCUGAAGGAGUACCGCAACACCCCGCCGUCGGCGCGGCCGGGCCCGGCCCGGCAGCAGAGGCCCAGGAGCUCGGACCACAGCAGUUUGGAGGUGCCUCAGGAAGGCCUCCCCGGUGAUGCUUUCCGGUCCUCUCUGCUGUGCCCACAGCCCCAGACCUUGGGGCAGUCUAUCCUGCAGGCCGAGAUGGACUGUGACCUCCACAGCUCGCUCCAGCCCUGGCUCUUCCCUGUGGACACCAACUGCAACGGCGUGUUUCGGCAUCGCUCGGUCUCCCCCAGCAGCCUGCUGGACACGACCAUCAGCGAGGAGGUCAGGCAGGGCCAGGACCUGAAGGAGGAGCCAGAGGCGCAGAGACCCCUGCCUGGCAGCACGGUCCGAAGGCAUACACUGGCCGAGGUCUCCACCUUCUCCCCAUGUGUCCCUCCAUGUAUAGUCAUCUCCUCCUCCUCGGCGAGUCCUUCAGAAGGCACCAGCUCUGACAGCUGUCUGACCUUCUCGGCGGGGGAUAGCCCAGCGGGGCUUAGUGGAUGCCUGGCUGCUCAGGGGCUUGUGGGCACCUGUUCUCCACUCAAACUGGCCUCACCACUACUGGGGGCCCAGUCUGCCACCCCGGUGCUGCAGGCGCAGGGGGCCCUGGGAGGAGCUGCCCUGCUCCCCAUCAGCUUCCAGGAAGGCCGGAGGGCUUCAGACACCUCACUCACUCAAGGCCUGAAAGCCUUUCGACAGCAGCUGAGGAAGAACGCGAGGACCAAAGGGUUUCUGGGCCUGAACAAGAUCAAGGGGCUGGCUCGCCAGGUGUGCCAGCCCUCUUCCAGCCGGGCCACUCGGGGAGGCCUGAGCGCUUUCCAGCUGCCCGCUCAGAGCCCAGGCCUGCAUGGCAGCGGGGUCAGCAGCCGGGAGGGCAGGAGCCUGCUGGAGGAGGUGCUGCACCAGCAAAGGUUGCUGCAGUUACAGCACCACCCAGCAGCUCCGCCCAGCUGCCAGCAGGCUCCCCAGCUGCCCCCAGUCCCGCUGGUCCUGGCCCCCUGUGACAGUGCCCUCCUUGUGUCGGGACUCCAGAAGGACCUGGGGCUGGGGCCUGGCCCGCUGCUGCCACCCCACCUCCUCCAGGCCGGGGUCUCCCCGGUGGCCUCAGCGGCCCACCUCUUGGACACCCACCUGCACAUCAGCACUGCCACGGCACCCCUCCCUGCCGCCACACCCCUGCAGCCACACUUCGCCAUGCUGCCCUCGGGUUUCGACCCCAUGGGGCUGCCGCAGGGGGACUGUGAGAUGGAGGACCUGACCUCAGGCCAGCUGGGCACGUUUGUCCUGGUGCAGUGAGGGCUACCACGCCACCCUCCUCCUGCAUGGGCUGCUGACUCCUCGAAGCAAUAAUCUCAAGAGUAUGUGAAGGCGAUUCCGGACUCAAAGCCAAUAACUUCUGAGAAGCAAAACAAGCAAUACGUUUGGUGUUUUGGCUUUUUGGUUUAUUUUUGUUUUAUUUUCUCCUUGCACUGAACAGCUGCUGCUGUGAGUAGGGACUGGAAAGUUUCUGAAGAAAAAUAAUAAUUGAGGGUGUGUUGUGGGGGUGGGUGGACAGGAGGGAGAAGGAGGGAAGCGACAAGACAGAGGACAGUGCUGGCCCCGCUCACAGGCCAGCGCCACUGUGCGUCAGGUGGCAGCAGGAGGGGACCAUCAGCUCCCUCGUCCAUGGGCGCGUCGGGUCACAGAGGGCACUGCCUUGGACAAAGCCACAGUGUGAGCCACGCGCCGUGGGAACAAGUGUGUGCACCUCCGCCACGUGUGUGCACGUGCGGGGUUGAGUAGCAUCCUUUUUUAAUGAACAGUUCCACUUCCUGAAACAUUUAUGCUUCGAAUGAAAGCUGUGAACUUUGUGCUUUAUGCAUAAGUUUUUUAAAAGCGCUAAUGGCCAGCCCAGGAGAAGAUAAUCUGCAAAUUCUUGGAAUUCUCUCCCUUGAAGUCAGAACACAGAGGCUCACUUUUUCUCGUUUUAGAUGGGAGUGUUAUGAACUGCUUGGUGGUCGAUUCCAGGAGUCUUCGGAGGAGCCACGAGAAAGAACCUCAAAGGGGUGGGUAGGCUCUGUCCUGGCACUUGGCACAGGGCCUGGGUGCCUGCGAGGGAAGUUACCUCCUGCCGCACAUCUUAUUUCCGCUGCUAAUUAUGUUUUUACGCAUUUCAUUAUCAGGGUCCAAAAAGAACAGCUGACUGGGGGAUGUGCAAUAUAGUGAGGCUGGGACUGGGACAGUGGGCGGCGACCGCCUGCACUCACGGGUCACGUCGGACAGCCCCACCUUCCCCAGGCCCAUAUCUGGUAGGCUUUUCAAGAAAAUGGAAUGAGAGGUCAGGUCAUUAUUGUUCAAGCUUUGUUCCUUUUUAAGCAAAUACUGUAUAUGUGUAUAAAUAGACAGACACUACUUAUUUUUUAUAUUUUUUACUACACUUUUGUGUUCCUGGCUUAAAUUACCCUCUGGCAAUGUUACAAAGUGCUACACCAGGUCUGUGUGGAGGAAGGAGGCAAGUUGCCCUUACCUGGCAGGUCGACCCAGGUGGUGGCUCAGGUGGCCAUGGGCCUCUGAGUGAAGGGAGGACGCUACUGCGUGCUCCCUCUGCCUGGUCAGCACUGGUCCUUUACCCCCAGGUGCCUUCAGCUCUCUUGGCUCUUACACCCUCAGUAUUAACAGGUAAUGGCAGGGGAAGGUCGGCAUUUAUAAAAGCCAAAGAUCACCGGAGUUUCUGGAGGGCGGGGAGGUGGUGGCCCAGAGAGGACACGGCCCCUGCUGGCCCUGCGUCUGCGUCUGCCCAGCUUGCUGCUACUGUCCUUCCUGCCACCACUGCUGCUGCUCUGUGGCUGCUUCAAUGAUGGGGGCAAAGGACUGUCCUUGCGCCUGGCCACUGAGAACUCUCCGAGGCCUCUGCUGACUUGUAAGGAAGGUUGGGGACUGAGAGAGAGCCUGGGGUCAUGGGCCUUUGCCCCCUCACAGAGACAGCAGCACGUCGAGUCCCAACACAGAACCAGUUUCCCUUUUGAAAAUCAGUUCUGUUCUAACCCAGAGAUCAAAGGCCUCAGAACAAUGACAAGCACUUUACGUUCACCGUGGUUUUCUUUCUCGUUGCUGUAAGUCAAGGUGUGUGUCUUGUUUAAGUGUGUGUGACGUGUGUUUUAUAGGUUUCUCCACAGUGCUGUUCCCGAAUGAAUGCAGUAGCCGUUCAAAGGCACUCUGUGAUCUGAUUAAGAUGUAUAUGGUUUGGUUUGUUGUUUUUUUUACUAUAACUGAAUUAAUUAUUUUGUUAUGUUAACAUGACAAAUGUAUGCCAAAUGAUUAGUGGAUGUAUGUUUUUUAAUUUAAUAUUUAAAUAAAAUAUUGGAGGGAAAA